GGCUCUGGACCCCGCAUCUUUUCUGCGAAAUCUUAUGCCUGUAUUAUCAUAAACACGAGUUUCAAGAGCCUACCGACUGCGAUGGCUUCCAUACAGAACCAGCGCCAUGAAUACUCUCAUAACUCUCUUUCCGUCUCCGGUGGCGACGUCCGCGUCCAGUACGGAAACAUUUACAAUGGGUCUCAAGCAACAGGACCUAACUGGACGGACAUAGCCAAAUGGAUUUUUGGGUUAGAACCAGUAUUUUCGCAACGAGCAUUCCAAAUCUCAUUACAAAGAAGAAGAGUAGAAAAUUGCACAGGAUCAUGGUUCCUUGAAGGAGAGCCAUUUUGUCGCUGGAAAUCCCAGCCGGGUUCGUUUCUUUGGUUGCAUGGGAAGACCGGGUGUGGUAAAACAAUGUUGUGUUCGUCCGCUAUCAGCCGAUUACAGUGUAUUGAUUUGCAACCUUCCGAGCAUAUCGUGAUCUAUCAUUUCUUCACGGUCACGGACCGACAGUCUCAGACAUAUGACACCCUGAUCCGAACUCUUGUGUAUCAGCUUGCAAAACACAAUGAUAAAACGCGAGCUCGUGCGAAAAAGCUUUACAAGGAAGCACAUGGAGACAGCCAAGCCGUCGGUCAUGAUCAAUUACUUCAUAUUCUUGAGGACUUGCUCAAGGUCCCCACAGUCAUCUACGUCGUCAUCGACGCCCUCGACGAGUGUGAAGAUCAAGCUGCGACCUGUAAAUUCAUCACUCAAGUAUGCAACUGGGAAAUUCCUGGCGUCCGUAUUCUCGUGAGCAGCAACACAACCCAAGCCCGAGAAACGGAUUUGGCCCUGACAAAACUUCAAACGCAUAAACUAUAUGUUACCGCUGGCGCUGUAAAGAACGAUAUAAAAGCACACCUCAGGAAAUUAGACAUAGGCCAGUGGGAAGAUGACCAGCAGGACAAGAUUAUUAGCCAUAUACUUGCAUGGUCUAACGGCUCAUUUCGAUGGGCUAUUGGCCAAUUGAUGGAAAUCAAGAAGUGCGAUACAGAGGAAGAGCUUGAAAAAGCUCUCAAGUCACUUCCUAGAACCCUCGCAGAGACUUACGAACGAAUUCUCUCACGCAUUAAUACUGACUCCGGAAUCGAAAAUCUGAGAACUUUACUGUGCUGGCUCCUAUAUGCCCGCCGACCACUUCGUAUUAAGGAGCUUCGAGAAACGGUCGCUAUUAAUUGGCUAGAGAUGCCAUAUUUUUAUCCCAAGAAGCGGUUUAACAAGAGACCAAGCUUCAUUGACCAGUGCGGCUUCUUGAUUGCGAUUGACGAAGAUUCAGACGACUUAUUUGCUGUAGACGACGAUACUGCAUCCUCUUAUGCAUCUAAUACGGAUUUGACUUGGCACGAUGAUGCAGUUCUUAGAUUUGCCCAUUCGAGCGUUUAUGACUUUCUUCGAGAGACAAAGGAACUAUCCUCCCAUGCUAGACGGUUCUCCGUCAGCAAACCUGCGGGACAUCUAUUACUAGCUCAGUCUUCCCUCGCAUACAUUCUCCAUUCGGAUUCUACCGACUCACAUACGCAAACUAGGGAUGAUUACCCCCUGAUUAACUAUGCAGUUCAGUACUGGUAUAGCCAUGCACAGAACGCCGGCCCUGAUAAUACCCAGGUACUCGCAACACUAAUCAAAAAGGCCCUUAAUACCGGAUGGGAUGUUUACCGGCUGGUAACAUACCCAAACCCUUCGACAAAAUACAACCCUUGGAGGGGCCCACGCGUGUCUACGUCGCGCCGCGCAAACCAUCUCCAUCAAAAGAAAGACCUCUGUAAGACGUGCCAGAAGAUUCAAUACCAUCAACUUCAAACACAUCUAAGGAUCAAACACAAAAAAUAUGAUGACCUUUUAGCCUCGUCUCAUAAGUGCAAGCUCUGCAAGAUGAUUCGUUGUGCACUUAUCCAGUUCGGUAUUGCUCGAUAUUGUCAACUAUCUGCAGACGUCGUUCUAUCCAAAGACGAGUCUAAAGCCAUCGGCCUCGGAAUAGAGGAGGAAAUCCAUCGAAAUGCCGGUAGUGUGAAUGUCUUCCUUAGGGCAGAAACUCGGGACCCGUUUCUCUUGAUUAGCUGCUACUGCUACCUUGGUCGUUUGCAUCUGUUUACAGAUCCAGCGGGUAAGAUGUUAGGGAGGCCAAUACAUCUAGACUUUGGGGCACCCGGUCUCUUAGAUACGUGUGCACAUUGGCUUCAGGCGUGCGAAAAGAAUCACCCGAAAUGCCAUAGAUACGCCCCGUCAUUUCUACCUAAGAGGGUCAUCGACGUCGGUAACGACUCUAUACGUCUCGUAGAAGUAGAUACGCUACAGGAAAAUAAAUAUGCAACAAUUUCUCGCAACCGGGGGAGGUGGAUGAGGGAAACUAUGACGGUGACGGAAUCGAUAGGGAGGUUUAAGCAAGGCAUACAGCUUGACGAGUUGGAACCCACUGUUAGAGACGUAAUUACUUUGAUACGUCGUCUAUGCAUCCGCUAUCUAUGGAUUGAUAACCUAUGCAUAGUAUGGGACAGCUCGGAAGGUAUUUCUCUCCAAACAAAAAAGAUAUCAGAGUACUACACAAACGCCGCCUUGAAUAUCGUGGCAGGACAUCAGAGCUCAUCGAUCAGUAUGUUCACUCCUAGGGAUGCGCCGCGAUUCUCACCAGUUUGUAUAAAUAGAUCGGAGAGUAUGUUCGCGGGAUGGCUCGGGACAGAUUCUUACUGCGACCCCCGUGGGCUUAAUGUGGGAUCGUAUCCUGACGGCUGGAAAUACCAAUCCCGUCUUCACACCAACACGGAGUCUAUGCAAGAGAUGCCUUUUGCUCGCCGUAACCUUGUCUUCCAGGCCGACGAAGAUUCGUUGAUAACUUCUCAGCUAUACAUGCAGUGCCAAGAGGAAGUCCGAUGGGAGAACGGUAGAACAAGGUCGGGGUCAUCAGGUAUUUUUGCAGAUUGGUACAAACUAGUGGAAGAGUACUCUAGACGGCGUUUUGUUGCUUUAAUAACGAGGCUAAGUAAUUUUGCCAGGAUCGCUAAGUAUUACUCGCAUACCGUACAAGGGCGAUGUGGAGAUCAUAUCGCCGGGUUGUGGUAUGGCGACCUAUUCCGCGGCCUUUUAUGGCGGGCCGAAGACGGGGAACACACUCGAAUCACCAGGAAAACCAGGAAGAGAGUAACUUGGUCAUGGGCUAGUUGUCCUGGGGCCGUCAAGCACGUAUGGCCCUCAAACGCGAUCGUGUGUGCCGAGGUUCUCGACUCUUCUAUCGAGACAUAUAAUAUUGACAACCCAUGCGACGCAAAUUAUGACGCCUAUAUCGUGAUGCGAAGUUCGUUAGCGAAGUUCAAACUUGUCAAUGAGAACCUAACGGCCUGGACGGAUGAUGUAGAGGUUAACGUUCAAACCGAAGACGAGCCCCCAAUAGGGAUAAAGAUACGUUACUUUAUUGAUGAUUUCGACAACCUCGAUAUAGGAGCCAUCGACUUGUUCAGUCUCAAGAUCACUCGUCGAGUUGCACUCUUACUCACAAGAGCUAACGACCAUUGGGAUUACAAUAAAAGGGCUUAUGAUACUAUGAGAAGGGUUGGGCUGAUGAUUGUCGCCAAGCCAGAUACUCAGAAGUGGGCGUCGGUGGUUAAUCAAUGCGAUGUGAAACUAGUGUAAGCACGAAGAAAAUGGUUGCCUUAAUUUUAUUAGGAUUCUAGACGAGGCAUAUAGAAUAAAAGAUACUUCCAAUUUAUAUAACUUAAACUUCCAUAAUUGAGUUAAGAGUUUCU